AUGGCGACGGAAUCUGCAAGCCCGGCCCCGGAGGCUACCGCCUCGGUGCCCGCCAAGGUCGCGCGGCCCGACGAGGAGGCCUACCAGAAGGAACUCGCCAAACUCCAGAAGGCGCACGAGGAGGCACUCGGCAAGUUCAAUGCUUCCAAGGCCAAGCUCGACAGUGCCCUACCUAAACAGGGCCAGGAAAGCCCGCUGGUUGCCCGCCGGAAAGAGUUGCUGAGCCAGCUGGACGAGAUCCGCACGAAGCAGGGUUCCGGAAAGGCCGCCCGCACCGGGAAGCUGGACCAGGUCAAGUCCCUCGAUGAGCAGCUCCGCCGCCGCAUCGCUGAGCAGAAGACCGCCCGCGGCAAAAUGCCCUACAAGAACGUCGACGAGAUCGACGCCAAAAUUAAGCAAUUGGAGCAGGAAGUUGACAGCGGCAAGAUGAAGCUUGUCGAUGAGAAGAAGGCCCUUGCUGAGAUUACGAAUCUGCGCAAGCUUCGCAAGAACUUCUCGGGGUUCGAUAACGACCAGAAGGCUAUCGACGACCUCAAGGCGAAAAUCAAGGAAAUCAAGGACUCCAUGGAGAACCCUGAGGCGAAGGCCCUCAGCGACAAAUACAACAAGAUCCAGGAGGAACUGAACGAGGUCAAGGCCGAGCUGGACUCGGUCUUCAACAACCUCACUACUUUGCGCGCCGAGAAGUCCGAGCUUCACAGCGCCCAACAGGCCACCUGGGAGGCCCUCAAGAAGUGCAAGGACAACUACCACACCCAGCGCAAGGCUGCCCAGAAGUGGGAGCGUGAAGUCCGCGAGAAGCGCCGUGAGCGCGAGCAGGCCGAGCGCGACCGCAUCACCAAGGAGCGCAAGUUGGCCCGCGCCCAAGAGCUGCUGGCCGAGGCGAGCGACCCGGCCUUCACCGAGCAGAUCCGCCGUGCGAACAACCUUGUACGCUUCUUUGACCCCUCGCACGUUGGCGAGGAGAAGACCCCGCUGCUUGCCGACAAGGGCCUCGCCGCUGCUGCUCAGCGCAAGGUUGACGCCUCCGGGUUCGAAGGCAUGAAGCUUGUGCGCAAGGAGGACCGUGAAGAGGACUACCUUCCUGCCGUUAAGAAGGGCAAGAAGGGAAAGAAGACCAACACCGCUGCUGAGCCGGCAUCUGGCAAGUUCAACUGCCCACCCUCUGUCAUUGAGGACUGCGGUUUUGUCGGUGUCAACCCACCAAUGAGCGCUGCCGAGGUUCCCGAAGUUGUGGAAAAGGUCAAGGCCAAGAUCGCCCAGUGGAAGGCAGACCAGCCCAUCCAAACACAAAAGAACAUCGAAAAGGCGAAGAAGGAGAUUGAGCGUCUCGAGGCCGAGGAGAAUGGCGCCAAUUCCAAUGCCAACGCUCCUAAGACGGCCGACGGUGAGGAGGCCGUGGCUGAGGUUACAGAGAAGGUUGCCGAAACUUCUCUCGACAACAAGGAAGCCGAAGCUCCCAAAGAGGUUGAGGCAAGUGCUUGA